AGUCUCUGAAAAUUCAGUUGGUGGGUAUCAACGGUCAGUGAAAUUCGCAGGCAAAAGGGACCUCUUUGUAAUUCUUCCCCUUUUUCUCAUAUCAUUCACAUUCCAUUGCUUUUUCCAAAAACCCAUGAUUAGAUUAGGAUGAUCUUUUGAUCUCCUUCGCUCAAUCCCUCUCCUCCGAUUCCUCUGCCAAUCUGCGCACCAGCUAUUUUUGCAGCACAAGCUGGUGUGGGAAUUUCAAAGCAUGAUUUGGGUGAAAGGUAGAAUGCGACGUUCUGAGGAAUUAAAGCUAACAGUAUAGAGUUUUGUGUUCGUUGUGAUAUUCGGAAUCAUUACAUUAGGAAUGGCUGUGAAUCCUAUGGCAACUGUUAAUCUGGAGAGGAAACCGAGGGGUUUUAUGGAUAAUUUGUCCUCUAUGGCUUUUGAAUGGCUAUUGAUAUUCCUGCUAUUCCUUGAUGCGGCAUUGUCCUAUUUGCUUACGAAACUUGCACGAUAUUGCGAAUUGCAAACACCUUGUCUAUUGUGCUCAAGGCUUGAUCAUGUUUUUGGAAACGAAAAACCUGGAUUCUACCGGAGUCUACUGUGCAGUAACCACAGAAUGGAAAUCUCUUCUUUGGUAUCUUGUCAUGUUCACGGUAAGCUAACUGAUGCCCGUCGGAUGUGUGAAGAAUGUCUCAUGUCCUUUGCCAUAAGGACCAAAACAACCCCAGAAUCAUACAGGUUGUUGGUGGGAAAAUUGGGGGUUAAUCUCGACCAUUGUGGUUUUCAGAGCUCGUUUCUGCCUAAGAAUAUUAUACCGGGUUCUUUAAGCACAUGGACCUGUUCUUGUUGUAGUAAGACAUGCAGGGCUAGAACAAGCACUCAAAGAUUGCUACAGCUACCAGUUGGGUUUGGGACUCUUAAAACAAGUGCUAAACCUCCUUUGCCCCGAUUGCCAGGCCGUGGCCGCUUAACCCGUCGUGAUAGCGUUAAGAAGAUAAAGGAUAAGAUUCCAGGCUCCACACUGCCUCGUCGCCUUGGAAAUACUGGCGGUAAUGCUUUGUCUCACGUUGGAUACACUGAGCUGAAGAUUAACUCCGAUAGUGAGUCUGAGUACCCAUUUUCUGAUGAUGAUGAUAGAAGUUCUGUAAUUCGGGAAAAUACAUCUCCCAUGGAUAGUUCAGGCAGUUUACCAAAAGCACAUACGGAGGAUUUGGCUUCAGUGGACCAGACUCAUCAAAGUUCUGAUCCUGGGCCUUCACUUUUAGAUCAAUGUAUUCCGCUUGAGGUAAACGAUCCACGUGAUGUGGAUUGUUUGGGGUCUGAUAAUUACAUAGGACAUGGUUUGGGAGAACUUAACUGGGAGCAAGCUAAUCCAAAGCAGUAUUCUUCUGCUCUACCUGAUUUUAUUUCACUAGACGAUGUUUCCCCUUCAUCUAAUGUCAUAAAUGGCGGUGGUAUAUCAGAAGAUAAAUCUGAUGGUCCUCUACCUCACAAUGCCACCCUCUCUAUGCUAUCUGAGCUUGUUGUACCAAAUGACGUCCCUUCAUCUUCCAAUGUCAUGACAAUUCCAAACGGAGUAUCACCAGAUAUGUCAGUAGAUGCUCAUGGAACCAAAGACAUUGGACAUAAAUCGGUUAUCAAGCAUGGGGAAGUCUCUGCAUUUGCGAGUUCAACGACUGCAGAAUGUAUAAAAAAUGAUCAUGCUUUGGACGAUAAUGCUCUAUCAAUGUCAAGUAAUCGGAGUCCAAGUGACAAGUGCAAGUUAUCGGAUACUGGUAAAGGAAGAGAAGUUUACGGUAUGAUUGACGAACUUUAUGAGAGGAGCAGUUCAGCAAAAGUUCAUGAUCAAAUUUUAUCUGUAAGUGAGAUUGGUCGGUCACCAGGCAAUGCAAGUCCCAGAUGGAAUGGUCACCAUGAUGAAUUACAAAGAAUUGAUGCUUCUUGCGCUGAUGGGAUUCGGGUGGUUCAAAAGACACCUUUUUUGGGCAAAAUUGAUUCUGGCUAUGAAUCUUUUGAUGGAAUCAGUGUCGGUGAAGUUGAGGGUGAGAGCAGUUUUGAUAGGCUAAAGCGACAGGUCGAAUACGAUAGGUCAUGCUUGAGUUCCCUAUAUAAGGAAUUGGAAGAGGAAAGAAAUGCUUCCGAAGUUGCUGCACAUCAGGCAAUGGCCAUGAUUACGCGGUUGCAAGAGGAGAAGGCAUCGCUGCAUAUGGAGGCCUUGCAGUACUUAAGAAUGAUGGAAGAGCAAGCGGAGUAUGAUAUGGAGGCACUUGAAAAGGCCAAUGACCUCUUAGCUGAGAAGGAGAAAGAGGUGCAAGAUUUGGAAGCAGAGUUGGAAUUUUAUAGAGCCAACUACCCGGAUGAAACGAAGGUGGAAAGUUUACCCUUGGAAACCAGCAACUCAAAGUUAGACAAAGAUAAGAAUAUUAAAUCCUUGUUGUUAGACUUUGAGGGAGAGAAGCUCUACAUAUCACAGUGUUUGAAAGAGUUAGAAAGAAAGCUGUAUCCGAUAAAGUCACUUUCUAGCAGGGCAACUCAAAAGGAUCAUCAAAAGGAAGAAAAUGGUUUUUUGACCCCAAAUGAUUUAUCUGCGUCAAGAGUUCCUACUGCAGAAGGUUCUGACAUCUCAAUUGAGGAAAAUAGUGAUGUUAUCAAAGAGAACAAUCAUUUUGAUUUCAAUCGAAGUGGAGGAAUUGAUUUGAUUGCAGUGGAAAAUGAAAUUUCAGAGCUUGAUGGCAGGUUACAAGCACUUGAGGCUGACCGCAAUUUACUCGAGCAUGCCCUAAGUUCCCUCAGAAAUGGGAAUGAUGGUUUGCAGUUCAUAAAAGAAAUAGCUCAUCAACUGCAAGAACUACGGACGAUUCGGAUUGAGAAAAGAUGUCCGUCUGUUUCUUGAGUGGUCAUGUCUACAUCCCCAGGUAUAGUGAGAAAGAGGAUGAGCUGACUCAGAUAAAGGCCUGCUCCACAUCGAAUGAAUAUUGGGUUUUAAACGGCAAAUCACAUCCUGACUGGCUGCCUACAUAUUGUCAUUGAAGGGAGACUUCGUGUACAGCAUCAGCAUUAAUCCUGAGCGGAAAAAAAGCAAAAGGAAGAAAGAAUGGUCGGCUCAGUAACUGUUCAUGUGAAGUUUGAUGAUGCGUCCACCUCCUAUUUUUCAUGUCGGAGUUGUGUUUUCAUGUUUUCAAUUGUAGAGUUUGCAGGAUUUACAUCUUUGUUUUCCGAGAGAACUUCUUUAAUUGCGUGCCCAAAUGCUGAGAUUUGGAAUGUAGAGUUUUUUUGUGCAACUGUUUUAUUAUUCUCGCGUCGGCUACAAAUAGCCGACUCAAUCUUAUUGUAAAUGCGGAUUAGAUUAUAUCGCUAUUGUUCUAUCAUUUGUGUUGUACAUUGUUUCGGAAAUGACGUUGUCCCUUAUGACAUUAAUAGUUUCUGAGGAUCAGUAUCCUUUUUUCAUGUAAUGAAGCUCCAUUUUGAUA